AGUUUUGACUUGCGUUCAAUCAACUACUUACUUAUCAUCAUGGCAGAACAAACUGCUGUCGCCGCCAAGCCAUUGAAGCCCAAGAAGAAGGCUGCGCCCAAGAAGAAGGCAACCCAUCCGUCAGCCGGGGAGAUGAUUCUCUCUGCUGUUACUAACCUGAAAGACCAGCCCCGCUCUGGUUCCUCUCUGCAGGCCAUCAAGAAGUACGUUCACGCCAACUACAACCUGCCAGCAAACUACGACAGCCACAUCAAGCGGGGCAUCAAGACCCUGGUGAAGUCUGGGAAGCUGACGCAGACCAAGGGCAAGGGGGCCAGCGGGUCCUUCAAGCUGGACAACAAGGCAGCCAAGGCCUCUGCUUCGCAGAAGGCAAAGAAGGAGAAGCAGCGCCAGCGGGCCAAGGCUCUGAAAGAGAAGAAAAAGGAGCAGGCCAAGGCCAGACGGGAGAAGAAGGCAGCCAAGAAAGCCGCCCAGAAGGAGAAGUUGAAGGAGAAGAAGAAGUCCAAGUCUCCCAAGAAAAAGGCUGACAAGAAGAAGUCUCCCAAGAAGACGAAGAAGCCUGCGGCCAAGAAACCCGCCGCCAAGAAGCCUGCAGCCAAGAAACCAGCACCCAAGAAGCCUGCAGCCAAGAAGUCCAAGGUCAAGACCGGCAAGUCACCAAAGAAGGCCGCCAAGAAGACUGGAAAGAAGGCCGCUAAGAAAUAGACUGCUGGGUACCAACCCCCCCCCAAAAAAACCAACGGCUCUUCUCAGAGCCACCA